AAUCGCGCACAACCGCGUUUGGCUGGUGUGCAUGCUAAGUUCCCCCCUUAACUUUGCCAACUUAUAUGUAAAACCGUUCUCAUUUCAGUCGGUAACGUGAACUGUACACGGGGAACACCGUCACCAUGAGUAUACUCGCCAAAAUAGCAGAGAUUGAAAAUGAGAUGGCCAGGACACAGAAGAACAAGGCCACAGCUCACCACUUGGGUCUGCUCAAAGCACGUCUUGCCAAACUCAGGAGGGAACUCAUCUCACCGAAAGGAGGCAGCGGUGGUGGUACAGGAGAAGGUUUUGAUGUAGCGAAAACCGGUGAUGCUCGUAUUGGGUUUGUUGGUUUUCCUUCAGUAGGAAAGUCUACACUGCUAAGUAACCUUGCGGGUGUGUACUCUGAGGUUGCUGCCUAUGAGUUCACCACUCUAACAACAGUACCCGGAGUCAUUCGGUAUAAAGGUGCUAAAAUUCAGCUCCUGGAUCUCCCAGGAAUCAUUGAGGGGGCCAAGGAUGGAAAGGGCAGAGGUCGACAGGUCAUCGCAGUGGCUCGAACCUGCAAUCUAAUCCUGAUCGUACUUGAUGUGUUGAAGCCGCUUCUUCAUAAGAAGCUAAUAGAACAUGAGCUGGAAGGCUUCGGCAUUCGGCUCAACAAGCAGCCACCCAACAUCGGUUUCAAGAAAAAGGACAAAGGAGGCAUCAACUUUACUGCGACUUGUGCACAAAGUGAGCUUGAUGGUGAAACAGUUAAGAGUAUCUUGGCAGAGUACAAGAUCCACAACGCCGACAUCACUCUGCGCAGUGACUCCACAGCUGAUGACCUCAUUGAUGUGGUGGAGGGAAAUCGUGUCUACAUCCCAUGCAUUUAUGUGCUCAACAAAAUUGACCAGAUCUCCAUUGAAGAGCUUGACAUCAUCUACAAGGUGCCUCACUGUGUACCCAUCUCAGCCCACCACCGCUGGAACUUUGAUGAUCUGCUAGAGAAGAUGUGGGACUACCUAAAGCUUGUGCGCAUCUACACCAAACCCAAAGGCCAACUUCCCGAUUACACAUCUCCUGUUGUGCUCCCCAACGAGCGAACUUCAGUCGAGGAUUUCUGCAUGAAGAUUCACAAAAACCUCAUCAAAGAAUUUAAGUAUGCACUUGUGUGGGGCUCCUCUGUGAAACACAACCCUCAAAAGGUGGGCAAGGACCACGUGAUGGAGGAUGAAGAUGUCAUCCAGCUGGUGAAAAAGUAAAAAGGAGUCUAAAUUCUCACUGCAUGACCUGUGUAUCACAAAGUGUUCAGUACAGCUGCUCAGUGAACCACCAGACAUGUCUAUCAUUACAGCAUCUGUUUUUGCUUUCAUCAGUGUGUCAGCAGUGACACAGAUUACCGUGAAUAGUUCAUAUUGAAUAUUGGUUUAGGGCUUGCAUUGAAACCUAAAAGACCUGUACAAUAAAGUUGCAAUGGAAUCUCAA